GCGAGUGUCAUGGCAGCGGUACUAAACGACAGACAGUAGAUCUCGGACUCGCGUUUUCGCCGAGCCAGUUUUCACGCAAUUAUCACGAAAAUGGCCAGCAAUAUUAAACCAAUUCACAAAUCGAAACAUUUUCCUAUAGACCAGCUAGUUUGUGUCGGCAACUAUGAGUUGGAAAAGACGAUUGGAACCGGAAAUUUCGCCGUCGUAAAACUAGCCACACAUGUUAUUACAAAAAGCAAGGUAGCAAUCAAAAUAAUCGACAAGUCGCGCCUCGACGAAGACAACUUGAAGAAGACGUUCAGAGAAAUUGCCAUCAUGAAGAAAUUGAGGCACCCACACAUCGUUCGGUUAUAUCAGGUCAUGGAGAGCACACAUACAAUUUAUUUAGUUACAGAAUACGCUCCUAACGGUGAAAUAUUUGACCAUCUAGUCUCCCGAGGGCGCAUGCCUGAGUCCGAAGCAGCGCGUGCGUUUGCGCAAAUGGUCUCCGCGGUCGGCUACUGUCACUCCAGAGGCGUCGUGCACAGAGAUUUAAAAGCGGAAAACUUGUUGCUCGAUAGCAGUAUGAAUAUUAAAUUGGCAGACUUUGGCUUUAGCAACGAAUACACAGCAGGGUGUCCACUUGCGACGUGGUGCGGCAGUCCACCGUACGCUGCGCCUGAAUUGUUUGAAGGUCGACAGUACGACGGGCCCAAGACUGAUAUUUGGUCACUGGGCGUAGUCCUCUACGUGUUAGUGUGCGGCGCACUCCCGUUCGACGGUAGCACUUUGCACGAACUACGUAAUGUUGUGCUCAGUGGAAAGUUUCGGAUACCGUACUUUAUGUCACAGGAAUGCGAGCACCUGAUCCGCCAUAUGCUGGUUGUGGAGCCCGAAAAGCGUCUGUCACUGCGCGGAGUGGCGAAGCACCGCUGGCUGGCGGCGCACCAGCCGGGGCCGGGCCCGGGCCAUUACGACGCGUCGGAGGGCGCGUGCGCGUGCCACGAGCGCGGCGCGGCGCGAGACGACGGCGCCGACCACGACACCAUUCUCAACCACAUGCUGUCGCUGCCCGGGCUCAACAAGGGCCAAGUGCAGCAGUCAGUACAAGAAGAGCGGUUCGACCACAUAUCCGCGAUCUACCACUUGUUGAAAGACAAACUACAGCAGAGGAGUAGUGCCAGGAAUAGUCUGCAGCACAGAGACUCACUGGAUUCAACGACAGGACAGCCCCUGGAUCUCACUAGUUGUAAGAGUUCAGAAGACGAGCAAAUGGAAGCGGAGGACUCGACGUCCCAAGAGUGCCUCGUCUCCAUUCCGACCGUCAACGUCGACUACAUGGCCGACAAGGUCGAUAAUUUGGAAAAGUUUAACGACGGGUCGACACCUAUUGUCGAAGAAACAACGCAGUCUCCAGCACAGGCGCAGACGGAGACUCACGCGACGAGACGGCACACUGUCGGUCCAGGCGAUUGCAGGCAUACACAGGGCGGCGAGUUGGGCGUGUGCGGCGCGGCGUCGGCGGACCUGCGCGCGGCGCCGCUGUACGUGUCUGCGCAGUUCCAACAGACGUCCCCGAACGUGUCGAUGCUGCCGAACACGAACCUCGCCGCGAAGCUGCCCGCCGUGCAGCACCAGCCGCCGCGCUACUUCAGCGUCAAGGACCAGCACCUGCUGAAGCCGCCGCACGCCAUGCAGAGCCAAGCGUCGUCGUUCGGGCGCCGCGCGUCGGACGGCGGCGCGCACGUGUCGCGCGGCCGCGAGCGCGCCUGCUGCCACUCGGCGCCCGCCCACCACAUCUCGGACGGCGGGCCCUCGGCGCAGCCCGACGACGGCGACCCGGCGGAGGACCAGGCAGCCGACUCCUCCUACAAUAGCAACCUGUGCAGGUACAUGUUGAACCGUGGCAGCAGUAAACGACACACGAUGGCGACGCCCGAAGAAGCCGCGAACGCAGCCAGCACGUUGCCCAGCAACAACAUGCCAAACACGUCUCCCUCAUCAUCAGCGAAUAUCCGAGUUAGGAGAACAGGUCUCCUUACUGUUACAGAAAGACCACCAGUCAUAAGUCCAGAAUUAGUGAUGGAAGUUGAGGCUCGCAUGAAGAGGAAUUACCUACCCCCGUCGAUGGGGGCAUACCAAAAUCCAUACCAGGGAUAUCAAAGUCCACCCCCCACUGGACCAUCUAAUCAGAAUCAAUCCAAUCAGGGAAUGCCAAACUACGGCACACAAAACCAAAAAAUAAAACCAACUUUAGAGACGAUACCGCAAGGUUCAAUCAUGGGUGUCAAAGGCUCGAUCACGUCCGGUACGCCGAUUACGCAAUCGAAUACAUAUUCGUCGCCUAUUGGUAGUUAUUCUCCUGCCCAGUGUUUGGUGCCCGCCGUGGUGCCGGGGUCCAUAACUAGCGGUACGCCAGUAAACGCGCAAGGGUCUAUCACGUCCGGUACUCCAAUGAACAAUGCCAGUUUUGAUAGUAAUACAAGUUUUGGUGCCAACUAUGGCAAUCCAAACGGGAGUACGAGUCGGUCGAUUACCUCUGGCACUCCGAUGAGUGCGGGGUUCGACAACUUCACCAGCGCCGGUUCCAUUGCCUCGGGGACACCGAUGAACGCCAGCUUUGAAAAUAAUUUCAGUAGCAAUUACGGGUUCUCCCAUCAAGGAUCCAUAACGUCCGGGACGCCGGUCACCAAUUUCGAGAACCAGAACUUUAAUUUUGGAAAUUUUGAGACCAGUUUUGGUUCUAUCCCGGGGGGUACGCUGUUGAGCCAAGGCGCCGCGGCCGGCGGAUCCAUCACGGCCGGGACACCCGUUCCGAACACCAAUUACAGCAAUAAUAAUUACAACACUAGGCAAAGGAAGUAUUCAGGACCGCAGAGGGUGAAACUGCAAAUGUUAGCGACAGUUCAAGAAAUGGGUAAUUUUUGUUUUUAUUUUGUUACCGCGCAUAUAGUACACGCGCAACUAACUCAUCGGCCACGUCGGCAGUAUGAAAGCGGCGCGGACGUGGAACUUUACGUUUAUAAAGCGACACGUACCUCCGCAGCGCACGGCGGCGGGUUAGUCGGCCACCGGUCAAUUAGUUGCGCGCGAACUAUAUACAAUUUGGCUUUCGGUUUAAGACUUGCGUAGCACAACGUAUAACAUUUCAAAAUAUAUUUUCAUUUAUUUACACGCAUAUCAUAAACUCUUGAUAUGUUCGAAAACCGCAAAUUACGACCAGCAUAAUGAUAAACUGUUUUGUGAGAACAAAUUUCUUAUCUGUGAAAAUGAUCAACUCAAAUGUCAACCGUGACCAUGGGACCUGUAAAGGGCCCGGAACGUCGGUUUGUUUGAAAAAACAAAUAUACGCGAUUUAAAUCCGGAAAAAUAGUUUCAUUUCCUAUGUGUAACAAUCGCGAAAACCUAAGAACUCGAUAUGUGAAAAUGAUAUUAUAGUCUAGCCAACGUAGCAUCAUCUUUUUGACAGCUGUGAACAGCGACAGCACGUAUCUUAAUAAUACUUGUCCAAAUAGGAAACGAUUAAUUAUAUAAUUUAUAUCCUUUGUGAACAUUAACAAUGUUUUUAUUUCGGUUAAAUAAAUAGUUUUUUUUUAAUCUAUCGAUGUCCCAAGCCAAUUCCAAUCCUAUUGGAUAGUACUUUUAUGUGAUUAGAUAAAUUACGUAGCAUGGUAGAAAUGUCCCCAGAAAUUAAGUUGUUAAGUGUUGUCAUUAACGAAAAUUCUUAUGAAUGCACAAUAUCAAAUCUAAUAUACUUGUGAUAUUUACAACUAAAUGUUAAUUUCGCCGAAAAAAAUACUAACAAAUUAUUUAAGUAACCAGACAUUGUAGAGAAAAUAAGAAAUGAAAUUAAUUCAGACUGGUUGAGAGAUGUACAUUUUGACAAUCCAUAGAAGAUACAAAGCAUUGUAAAUUUAAGUGAAUUCAGCUCCAGCUCGUGUGAAAAAGAUACAGAUGAUGACUUUGGUUGUGUACAAUAAGCAUACGCAGACCAUUCGGAUAUUUCAUUUCGUAUGUAAUAUUCUUGCUUUUAAAAUUUUCCUCUUGACUUCAGCCUUGGCGCAAUUUUUAGUGAUCUCAGGUUGGUAUGAAUACUACUCAAUUAUUAUAGUAUAUUAGUAACUAGUACCAUACUAGUGUUAACGAUACUGAGUGGAUGUGUUGCGACUCUUAAACUAUCUGUCAAAAAGAGAAUGCUAUCUUGGCACGACCGUAUUGCCUAAUAUUGUCAUGAAACUCGGUUUUAUAAUUACACUCAAAUUCGGAGUAUCUCUGAAAAAUAAAACAAUUUGGUGGUCGACCUCGAAAUUUUAAUAUCAGUCGGGAUGAAGUUUUAUUCGAAACGGAGUGUCAACAGCAAACAAUUUCACAAGUUACUAGAUGUCGAACGAUACGAUAGUCGGGAUCGACUUUAGUUUGUUUAUGAAUUAUAAAAAACUAAGAUUGCGCGACAUGCGUGAAAAAUAAGUUUUUUUGCAUUAUUUUAGUAAUAAUUACUACUAAUAGCUCUGAUCGACGCCGCAGUGCCGGUCGUAACGCGCGGUUCCUGAACACAUCUUGGAGAGGUUAUAAUGCGUGUAUAGAUAAAGCGGGGUAUGUAACUGUACAGAAUUAGGCAUUGAAACACUUAGAAUAAUAACGCAUAGAAUGAUAGUUUCAUAUCAAACGAACUGUCACAAGUGAGGCAAAAACCAAAUUCAUGUAGGCGUAAUCAACUUGUAACUACGCUCGUCGGCACGC